GACCGCAGCGCAGUAUCAGUACUCAAUGUUCCAUUGCCUCCUCUUCCGUCUCAGGGAUCCUUUGAUCCUGUGUUAUCAUCUCGUGUGGUUUCAGAGACCACCUCUGGUUCGUUGUAUCUGCUGUUCAUUCCUACCUUACCUUUCCAUAGAUCCUGCUUCAGUCAGUGAUAUGACCCAAGCUACAUUGACCGAAGGUCCACCACCUGCUACACCCCAGUCGGGACCUUCUUGUGUUGAUAAUUUGCCUAGUGCAUACCCAUAUUCUCUUGCUUGUGUAUCAACACCCUCGUGCUCUACGGUCACACAAAUAAACACAACGAGUCUGUCUUCAUUGCCACCAAAGACAAACAAUGUACCCAGCAAGGUGUGGUCCAUGACAGUGGAGCCUAGUGAUGAUAGUGUGAAGAGAACCUAGACAACCGCCAAUGUACUUAGUGGAUCGAUAAUGGAUAACGGUAAACGUGAUGUUGACAUGAGAAAUUUGAGUAUGACCAUGAUGGUUUACAAAUA